AUGGCAAGCACCAGAUUCCUCUACAGCAACGGCAUCGUUUUGCACCCGCCAGACACACCUCCAAUCUCCACCUUCCUCGAAUCCAAUCCUGGCGCUUACACCACCGCUCGGACCCACAACAACACAGCAUCUCUCUUAUUCUGGGACCGACACUUACAACGACUUUCAAAUUCGGUCAAAUUCCUCUUAACUUCAAACCCACAACUCCUCUUCAAAUCCUUAAACUCCACAAAAUACCCACUAUUGUCCCCUGCUCCACCACCAAAACCCAUCUGGGAUUCAACAAUUAAGUCACUCGUCAACGAGUCGUUAAAUAGAGUGUUGCCAAUUGCGUUGAGGGAGACGAGACACGAGGGAGAGGAACUGGCAGUUACUGCUCUUGUUACUGGGAAUACAGAGAAACUGAGUGAAGUUAAGGAAAAUGUUUUUGAUGCGUUUGAUGUUCAUGUUCAUGUAGGGAGUCAUGUGCCUCAUGUGUUUGGUGUUAAAGGAAAUGGAGCCAGAGUAGCUGUGGUCGGUUCUGCGAGGGAUUUUGCAGAAGCUAAGUAUUCUGAUUGGGUUAGGUUAAGGAAGUCUUUGGAAAAGUUGAGGCCUCCUUCAGUAACUGAGCUAUUGUUGUCCAAUGAUGGUGAUCGAAUACUUGAAGGUUGUGUCACGAAUUUUUUUGUUGUUUGUCGCAAGGAUGAAAGUGACAGGAACUAUUUUGGUCGUAAAGAAAAUGCAUGUCCUUAUGAAGUGCAGACAGCUCCUAUUGGUGACGGGGUCCUUCCAGGAGUCAUACGCCAAUUAAUAGUAGAAGUGUGCUUGAGCAAGGGAAUUCCAUUUCGAGAAGUUGCACCAUCGUGGUCGAAGCAUGAAUUUUGGCAAGAAGCAUUUAUUACAAGUAGCCUGAGAAUAAUGCAGCAUGUGGAGAAAAUUCAAGUUCCAAGUUCGUGGCAGUCAUUGGAACUAAAAGCAUUUAAGGAGAUCUCGUGGGAGGAGAAGCAGUUUGGGGAGGAUCCAGGGAUGAUCACAGCAUUGAUCCAGAAAGAGAUCAUGGAGAAAGCAGGCCUCGAAGGGGAGAUGGCGGAUAAUCCCACGAGUCCGGCCGCGGGAAGCCACGAUAGUGGUGGUGAACAGAGCCCGCGGUCAGGGGUGAGAGAGCAGGAUAGAUACCUGCCUAUUGCUAAUAUUAGUAGGAUCAUGAAGAAGGCGUUGCCAGCUAAUGGAAAAAUUGCUAAGGAUGCCAAGGAUACUGUUCAGGAAUGUGUUUCUGAGUUUAUUAGCUUCGUUACCAGCGAGGCGAGUGAUAAGUGUCAGAAGGAGAAGAGAAAGACAAUCAAUGGGGAUGAUUUGUUGUGGGCAAUGGCAACAUUAGGAUUUGAGGACUAUAUCGAGCCACUUAAGGUGUACCUGGCUAGGUACCGGGAGCAACUUUGGCAGGGUGAUGCAAAAGGAUCUGCUAGAGGUGGAGAUGGAUCUUCUAAAAGGGAAGCAGUUGGAGGUCUGCCUGGUCAAAAUCCACAGGUGAAUUUUUGUAAACAUGCUUUGGAGGUUGAUUUAUCUGUCCUUCUUGAAGUUUCAUUAGCUUACCAUGUUGUCUUCUUCUUGCAUUUGUGA